GGCCAUCCAGAUCUCUGCAAGAGAGGCAGUAAAAGGGCAAAGGCACCAUUUGUGUAGACAAACAAGAAUCUGAAGGAGCUGAAUCCUGUUUUCAAGAUGACACCGGUCACGCGUCAGGAAGUCCUUGGACUUUACCGCAAGAUAUUCCGAAUAGCCAGAAAAUGGCAGUCUGCAUCCGGACAGAUGGAAGAGACCACAAAAGAAAAACAGUAUAUUAUAAAUGAAGCUAAAACAUUGUUCCAAAAGAAUAAAAAUUUAACAGAUCCUGAGCAGGUUAAACAAUGUAUAGAAGAGUGCAAGGCCAGGAUCGAGAUGGGACUUCAUUAUCGCAUCCCUUAUCCAAGGCCGAUUCAUCUGCCUCCCAUGGGCCUUGCGAGCCAGCAAGGCCGUGCAUUGCGACAUCAGGAAAAGCUGAGGAAACUUUCCAAGCCCGUCUACUUGAAAUCUCAUGAUGAAAUUUUAUAAUCCAGUAUCAGGCUACAGCCUGUCGUCACCCUGGACUGCCUGGCAAACGCAUUCUGGGCCAGCGAGCGUCAAUGAAACUGUUGUGGUUUGCACCCGCUGCCUCUUUCUCAGAAGUCAGACGCCCACCUGAUCCUAGCAGGAGGCACGGGAAGGAUGAACUCGAGUUGGCUUGUCUUUGCUGAGACUCCACGCAACUGACUCAUCAAUAAAAGUGAGAAUCUUUGUGGUCAAGCAAGAGAUGAAAUGAAAACCAGAGCCUGACACAUCUGAUUGUUGUAGAUUACUGUGUGUGCUGAAGGUUACUGGCUCCUGUGGCUUUCAGAAAGCCAGUGUGGUGCAGUGGUUAGCAUGUCAGGUUAGGGCAAGGGAGAGUGAGGUUCAAAUCCCUGUUUGGCCAUGAAACUCACUCCUUUGUCCCACGGUUCUUUCUGUGCCUCGCCCACUUUGCAGAAUUCUUGUGUGGAUUAUGCCACCCUAAGCCCCAUGGAAGAAACGUGGGAUAAAAAUGUAACAGAUAGAAGGAGAGAAGAUGCGGAAAUGUCCUGAGUGUAUCUGAAUCCCAGGCAUUCCUCCCGUUUGUUGUCACUCACUGAGCAUCCUAUGAUGUUUUGCUAAACUCUUUUGUUUCAAAGUACCUGUGAGGUGAGCCUUGUGUGCAAUGUUCCCCCUAAGCUGCU